AGAUCGCUUUGACUAAACUUUCAACAAGAUAAAAAAUGCAGCAUACACAGCCAGAAACGUCAAACCCACGAAAACGUCCGGCUUCUCAAUCGCCACCGGAUAGUCCGGCCCCAGCAAGAACGGGUAAUCGAAGUGUACCAGCCUUUUUGAAUAAACUUUACAAUAUGGUUAACGACCCUCAGUCAAAUGAUUUAAUCAUCUGGUCCGAGACUGGUAACUCUUUUCUUGUUAAAAGACCUCAAGACUUUGCAAAAGAAGUUCUUCCUCGAUUCUUUAAGCACAACAAUUUUAGCAGUUUUGUGAGACAGUUAAAUAUGUAUGGAUUUCAUAAAAUACCACACCUUCAACAAGGAGUACUCCAAUCUGACGGACAGUCUGAACAAUGGGAAUUCAGUAACACAAAUUUCCUUCGUAAUCAACCGGAUCUUUUAUAUUAUGUUACUCGCAAGAAAGGGAAAGAUAAUGAAAAUAUAAAAGAACCAAAUGAAAUGGAUAUAAAUCACAUAUUAAAUGAAAUUGCUUCAAUUAAGAAACAUCAGAUGAAUAUAAGUGCAGAUUUAAAGAAUAUUCAAAGGGAUAAUCAAAUCUUAUGGCAGGAGUCUAUCUCAGCACGUGAGAGACAUCGGCGUCAACAAGAAACUAUAGAUAAAAUUUUACGAUUUCUUGCUUCAGUGUUUUCUGCUGAUAAAAAGAGAGCUAUUGUACCAAAGAAGCGAAGAUUACUACUUGAAAAUUCUGACUCACUGGAAUCUUCGGAGCAAAAAACGAUUUCUAACGAUAGUCAAACAAACACCUUACCUGAUAAUGAAGCCGAUUCUUCAUCUUUGGUAUUAGAUAUUAAUAACCCAGCAGCUUUGUCCAUAUUGACUUCUUUAGCUGUUAAUAAUGAUCAGUUUGACAUUUCUAAUACCCUACCAUCCCUACCAUCCCUACCGUCCCUACCAUCCCUACCAUCCUUAUCCUCAUUAACUGAGGAAAUUGGUGAUAAUACCGAUUUCUUGGAUUCUGAAUUGCCUGAAAUUGAAACUCGUAUUGAUGAAGUUGGAUCCAACGUUGAUUAUUUGACUUCAUUAACAUCUCAAAUGGGAUUUGAUCCAGAUGAAGUGAUCGAUUUAGAGGAUGAUUCUAUCGGGAAUGAUUUUUUGUCAUAUUAUAAUGCGAACUUUAGUCCUACGGAACAAGAUCAUCAACUGCUAUUUGAUCUCAAUUUAGAUGAAAAUAAUAAUAGUAAUAAUAAUAAUAAUAAUAAUAAUAAUAAUAAUAAUCCCAGUAAUCAUAAUCCAGUUGAUUAAAAUUAGAAUUAAAAUUAUUUGUGAAGUAACUUCUUUAUUUUACAAUUUGAUUGUUUAUUAUUUUUUUUUUAUUAUUAUAGGUAUUUCUGGCUUACUGUUGUUUUACAACUUUACAUCAUGGUAUUAUUUAUUUGGGAUUAAUUACUAUGAUGGGAUUAUGGAGUUUUUUUUUUACACGGAGAAUU